AUGGAGCGAUAUGACUUGGCUAUUGAUUAUCAGUUUACAUUUAACUUAAGCAAGAAGGAGGAUCGUCACUAUCGGGCCAUUAAUUUCAAAAACUCACCACCGAAAGCCGAUAUCGAUGCCGAAUUCUCCAUCACGUGUUCCGUACUUGCUAAGAUGAAUAUUACCAUCAAAAAAGUAAACAGUCCGGAAAGGCCAUUGCUGCUCGGCGCGAAUUGCACGACGACCAUGUAUAAGCACCGUUUCAGCAAGGCAGAUUACAAUUUUGGCAGCGAAGAUAAUAAUACCUUCACCACAUUCUACGUAUAUGUUUAUGACUUUCAACCGCCAGUGUGGAUUCAGAUCUCAUUCUCUCAGUACUCUAAAUUGAAUCUGCAACAGUUUUUCAUUACAUUCUGCACAGAUUACAUGCCACCACACAGGUGCUUUCUCGCUCUGCUAUUGGUGGCUGCCAUUCUGUGGAAGAUCAAACAGAAAUACGAUAUGUAUCGACGAAGACAACGGCUCUUCCUAGAAAUGGAACAAAUGGCCAGCAGAGCUUUCAGUUCAGUUGUAGUAGAGAUUGAAAGACGUGACAUUGAUGGCACAGAUUUGGAACACGGUGAUACCGACUUUAACAAUUGUCGUAAAAAUAUAAAGGAUGUUCCUCCUAGUCCGAUCGCAUUGGAGCCUUGUUGUGGCAACAGAGCGGCGGUCCUGUCUCUGCUAGUCAGAAUGCCAACUGGUGGCGAGCCUUAUACGCCAGCUGGACAGAGCGCCGGUUUAGCCGUCGCGUCUGCUUUGGUGACGUUAGGCACCCAGCGUAGACCAUCUCAAGAACUAACGACGAAGGAGCCGAAGAAGACGAGGAAGUCCGCCAGUCAACAUCCGGACUCUACUUGUAUUUAAUGAUAAAACUAUAGCAGAGACAUUGCGAUAGGACGUGACUACAAUGAGCCUUAGAGUUGUUUCUGUGAUCUUGCCCGCGCUUAAUACGGCAGGACUUUUAUCUUUGAACUCUAACAGAGUGAAGAAAUGCGAACAAUGAUCGCGAAAAAAUACGCGAGGAUUUUAUUCGUCGAUUUUCCACGUGCAACUGAUUGGUGUAUCAAACGACUCAGCUAUUUUAUCUGAAGAGUUGGCUGAACGUCUAAUAUUAAAUAUAGAUGUACGCGCGUCUUUCCUUAUCGAGUAGAA